CACUACUCUAAACAUUAGUUGUGUGAUAGAUUGUGUGCUUGUCAGAGCCCCAGUUUACUGCUAGAUUGUUUGGGAUAGCCAUGAAAUGUCAGCACAAGGGUACCUUCAUCAGUUACAAAGCCAUUAAAGCCCUGAAGCAACUGAAAUACCUUUACUACCCGAGUCCUCCUGCGUGUUAUUUUUAUUGCUACUGGUGGAACUUCCUGUCUUAGCAAUGUCUCGUCCAACCCCAAUGAGACAUCGCAAAGACAGCCUGACAAAGCUGUCUCAGAAGAUGCGUCGGCUGAUAAAUAUAGUGCAAAGGGCUGUGCACCACCUUGACACCAGUCUACCCUUCGAACACAACCUUACUUCUCUGCCUACUUUAAACUUCAGGCCACGAGACCUAGCAGCAGUGACGGAAAAUAGCACCCUAUCACAGCUCUCUUCAGGCCUCCACUCUUUCAAGCUGCACUUUGACUGGCUGCUGUACUGGCACAACCAAUCAGGUUUGGUGUCAAAUAAAAUCAAGGAAAUUGCAGAUGAAAUCCAGUCUAUCAGCAUGCUUGAACAAAUACAGACAAAUUCAUCUGGACAAAAUACUCUUCUCUCCAUGCCUCCUCUUACAUCUGCCUGGGACAUAUACAGGACAUCUGCAGUAAUUCACAAGAGACUACUGGACUUCUGUAACUGGUAUCUUAGAGCUCUACAGGUCCUUAUCUACAAGCAAACAACUGAUGACAAGAGAGGCCACUACCAAGAAGAAGGACACCGCUAUAUUUAAAAAUGUGACAGUGUUGGAUCUGGAAGAAUUAGACAGUGGCCAGUUAUUUCUGCCUUUGAAGAUUUUUUUUUGUUAAAAUUAAUUGUUUUUACACUUAACAUGUUUUUACACUUUUUGUCUCAUACAGAUUUCACAGCUGACCAAACGCAUCUAUUUAUGUUUUUCUGGCAAAUCUGGAAGUUUUCUAUUUAAUAUUUAAGUGUAUUUAUUGAAGAAAGUUGUGUUUACUGAGGAAGCACUUUACAGACAUUAUAGGAUAUUGUUGUUUCAAGAAGUUGUUUUAAGAAAAAACAUUGUGUUGUUUGUUUAUUUCUACAUUCAAACAAAAAAUUGGAACAAGACACAAAAUUUCAUACU